AUGCCCCGCCGUUCGAGGAUGUAUUGGUCUGCGGAUCGUGCCCGGGAUGGCUCUGCCAGGGAUCAAUCCACGCUGACAGACCACCCUCCGGAGUAUCUACAUUCCAUCAAUAUCCCCAGCCUGCCGCCGUCGGAGCUGGCCUUGAAGGUCGGCGCCCCGAUUAUGCUGAUCUGGAACCUACGUCAAGAGGGCGGCCUCUGCAACGGCACCCGUCUCAUCAUCACGGGUCUGUAUGAUUGGAAUAUCACCGCCCGUAUCAUCGCCGGCGACUAUAAAGCGGCGGAGUACACGAUCCCGCGUGUGCCAUUGGAGACGACCGAGGGACAGCUAUCCUUCACUCUCCGUCGUGUACAGUUUCCGAUCCGUCUCUGUUUCGCUAUGACAAUUAAUAAGAGCUAG